AGGAGCGGCAGGCGCGGGAGCGGAUGCUGGCGGCGCGGCGUGCGGACGGCGCGGAGGGCGCGGAGGGCGCGGAGGGCGUGACCCUGCAGCGCAGCAUCACGCUGCUCAACGGCGUGGCCAUCAUCGUGGGCACGAUCAUCGGCUCGGGCAUCUUCGUGACGCCCACCGGCGUGCUCAAGGAGGCGGGCUCGCCCGGGCUGGCGCUGGUGGUGUGGGCCGUGUGCGGGGUCUUCUCCAUCGUGGGCGCGCUGUGCUAUGCGGAGCUGGGGACCACCAUCACCAAGUCCGGGGGCGACUACGCGUACAUGCUGGAGGUCUACGGCUCGCUGCCCGCCUUCCUGAAGCUCUGGAUCGAGCUGCUCAUCAUCCGGCCCUCUUCGCAGUACAUCGUGGCCCUCGUCUUCGCCACCUACCUGCUCAAGCCGCUCUUCCCCACCUGCCCGGUGCCCGAGGAGGCCGCCAAGCUCGUGGCCUGCCUCUGCGUGCUGCUGCUUACGGCCGUGAACUGUUACAGCGUGAAGGCGGCCACCCGGGUCCAGGACGCCUUCGCCGCAGCCAAGCUCCUGGCGCUGGCCCUGAUCAUCCUCCUGGGCUUCAUCCAGAUCGGAAAGGGUGACGUGUCCAAUCUGGACCCCAAGUCCUCAUUUGAGGGCACCAAACUGGAUGUGGGGAACAUCGUGCUGGCAUUGUACAGCGGCCUCUUUGCCUACGGGGGAUGGAAUUAUUUGAAUUUUGUUACGGAGGAGAUGAUUAAUCCCUACAGAAACCUGCCGCUGGCCAUCAUCAUCUCCCUCCCCAUCGUCACCCUGGUGUACGUGCUCACCAACCUGGCCUACUUCACCACGCUGUCCACGGAGCAGAUGCUGACGUCAGAGGCGGUGGCCGUGGACUUCGGGACCUAUCACCUGGGCGUCAUGUCCUGGAUCAUCCCCGUCUUCGUGGGCCUGUCCUGCUUCGGCUCUGUCAACGGGUCCCUCUUCACGUCCUCUAGGCUCUUCUUCGUGGGGUCCAGGGAGGGUCACCUGCCCUCCAUCCUGUCCAUGAUCCACCCGCGGCUCCUGACGCCCGUGCCCUCCCUCGUGUUUACGUGCGUCAUGACCCUCCUGUACGCCUUCUCUAGAGACAUUUUCUCCGUCAUCAACUUCUUCAGCUUCUUCAACUGGCUCUGUGUGGCCCUGGCCAUCAUCGGGAUGCUGUGGCUUCGCUACCGGAAGCCUGAGCUGGAGCGGCCCAUCAAGGUGAACCUGGCGCUCCCCGUGUUCUUCAUCCUGGCCUGCCUGUUCCUGAUCGCCGUGUCCUUCUGGAAAACCCCAGUGGAGUGUGGCAUCGGCUUCACCAUCAUCCUCAGCGGCCUGCCCGUAUACUUCUUCGGGGUCUGGUGGAAGAAGAAGCCCAAGUGGCUCCUCCAGGGCAUCUUUUCCACGACGGUCCUUUGCCAGAAGCUCAUGCAGGUGGUGCCCCAGGAGACAUAAGUGAGAGGGGCCGAGAAGCUGCCGGAAGGAAAAUGCACCAAGAUUGUGAUCAAACAACUUCACCUCGAAAAGCGCCUCCAGUCCUGUCAUCCAGGCAGCUCAGCCGAGCGCCCCACACCGUCCCUCGGCCGGGCCAGGGGCCGGGGCCACAGUGAAAACUGGUACGAAUCUAGUCCCAGAACGUGAACUUCCAUCCUUACCUCCGCGAGCGGUGCCCUCCCCUGGCGCCGCGGGCCGUGUGCCCUCCUCCCUCCCACCUCGGUUUAUUUGUAUUAUUUUUUUUUAACUUAAGUUUUAGGUCAAGCUGAAACCACCAAGAUGUGUAUUUUCUAAAGACCCAGGGGGGCGCGGGGAGAGUGUCCCCUUCCGCCCCUCGCGGCCGACUGCCUCAGAGGGACCAGGCCGUGUGCGGAGCGCCCCGGCCUGGUCUGGGCGCAGGCCCCCGGCCCGGCGGGAUUCCGAGCACCGAACACUCCGGUCCCACGAGCAGAGGCCCUGACAGCGAGCGGCCCAGACCACAUGCUUGGCUUUCUUUUGUCGUUGUUGCUGUUGUAGAUGUAGUGACUUAGAGAAAACUAACCUCGGGACUUAGGUCUCUUUGCCUUAAAGACCCAAGCGUAGAUUUCCGCGCCCACCCCCAGAAGAGAACAGAGAGCCAGACAGUUGAGUGACGCUGGACCCCCUCCGUGGAAGGCAGGUCCCGGGCCCGGUGCCCGCUGUGCGUGGGGCCCCCUGCAGAGGUCACGGGCAGCUGGACUCUCCUGGAACCGGGCCACCACCGGGAUGCACCCCCCAGGAUGCCGGAGCAGAGCCAGUCCAGGCUCGACCCCGGUCACGCAGGAUGCACUGGGCUUCUGACCUCCUGCAUCCCGCCCUGGACGCCAGCCUGAGCAACAGCAGUGCCGCAGCAGGCCCCGGGCGACCCGUGCCCGCCACACGGCUGUGGGUAGCACCGCCUCUGGCCUGCUCUGAAUCCAGCAUUGGAACCGGGCAACAGCUUUUUCAGGCAAAGCCCCACACUCAGAAUCUUCUAGAACAAACCAGAUGAGAAAGGCAGACACUGUGACCCCCUCAUGAGCUUCCCAGCCAGGGAGUCCCUCAAGGCAGCCGCUCCCUGGGGCUGAAAGAACUGGCCUCACUCUCCAGCCAGCACCCCAGCACCCCAGCACACCGCGGGACCCGGCCGCCACCCUCCCUCCCACCUGCACGGCCACCACUGACUGCUGCUCAGGAGGCUUUUGUCUUUGUGGUUCCUGGGGCGCCCUCCCCAGGAGCGGCAGCUGAGGCCCGGCCGGUGUGUCCUGCGCCGUCUGGCAGCCUCAAGUUAGCAUUGCGUGAGGCAGGGAGCACGGUCCUCCGAGGUCGGCGUCUCCCACCAGCCCGCCCGCGCCCCCUGCCCCCCCGCCCCGUCUUAGACUCUGGGUGGCUCUGCUUUGCCCUCUGAUCACUGACCUCCCCAGAGGGCGCUGAGCUGCGCCCUCAGGCGUCCAGAAGCGGGGCCGGCCCUGGGGCUCUGGGGGGGGAUGCAGGGGGCAUGUGCGGGGAGCUGGGGCAGUGUCGCCUUGCGGGGAUGGACUGGGGUCCGGGGCUCCCGUCUCACACAACUGGGGGAGGGCCCUAGGAGGUCACAGGUGGUUCUGAGUGCACUGGCCCCGCAUCUGGCUGGCACUCCCGCUGUGAAGGCGGGCGGGGGCCCAGGUGCGGUGCCCAGAGCUGUGCCCCCACCCGGCCCGGGGACCCCCUCAGAAGGCUGGGCGCCGUGCAAGCCGCAGACACUACUGGUGCUUCUGUUCUGUGGUGGGUGACCCUCCAGGCGGACAGAGACUCUGACGGGGACCCCAGCGCUCCCCAUUUGUCGGGCGUCAUGUUUUUACACCGAACCCUGUCGUAGCCGCGCACAUUUGUGAGCGGUUUGCUGUUCCGUCCCGUCCGACGCGGCGCUGGUGCAUAGGGUGUCCGUGCUGCUCCGUGGGAUCCCCCGUCUCCUGUCCCUGUCAGCGUCGCGGCCACGUCAGCCGCCUGCUGCGUCACGACGUGCGGCUCACCGUCUUUCUCUUCCCGGUGACGCUAACCUGCUGCGCCUGGCUGGUUGGGUGGGGGUUGUGGGUUUUUUGUGCGUGGGGUUUCCCAUUUGUUUUUUAAAGAAAAACAAUCAGAAUCUUAAGUGCU